GCUGAGGGCAGGCAGUUCCUGGAUGAAGAGGCCGAGCUGUCCCAGCAGGAUGCAGAGGGAAUCUCCUCGGAUGAGAGCGAUGGCAGCGAGCUCAGCUCAUCCCUGGCUCAAUUCCUCAGCGAUGAUGGGGAGGUGACACAGGCCCUGGAUGAUCUGGAGAUGAGAGGAGUUUACCUGAGCUCCGUGCGCAGCCCCGCCCUGGGCACCCGCUACAGGAUGGUCCRUCGGGAUUUCAACCCUGCAGUGAUCUUCUCCCAG